AAUCUAGCCGGCGCCCAUCAGAUAAGAAAUACAUAAGAUCUUAUUGACUCGUUCAAUGGAAAAUGCCGAACACCGAAUACUGAGCUUGACUCCAAAGCCUUAAAAGAUUUUCUUUAGCUUACUUGUUCCCUAUCCACUCCUGAUGCAACUCGAUAGCUUAAAGCACCCAAGAUCCUGCAACCGUUUCUUCUCUCUUCCUGAAAUCGAUGGCCGUUGGUGACUACCACCUCCCAUACACAUCGACGCCUUUUGAAGGCCCAGAGAAAUUACUGGAAAUCUGGUUCGCCCCUUCUCCUGCUCGUGUGCCAGAUGCACAUGCACCAAAAAAUGGCCGUAUAGGCCUCAGGAAUGUUCCAAAGCAAGUAUGGGAGGACAUGCUGGACAUCGUCAAAUGCAAGGUCCUCAGUGUUAUUGAGGGCGAAGAAACCGAUGCUUAUCUUUUGAGCGAAUCAUCUCUAUUUGUGUUCCCGCAUCGCAUUAUCCUGAAGACAUGCGGCACAACGCUAAACCUCCUCGGCCUUCCGCGCAUCCUCGAGAUCGCGCAUAAAUUUGCCUCGCUUCCAUCGGUUUAUCGAUGCUUCUACUCACGUAAAUCCUUCAUGUUUCCUGAGCGUCAACUCGGCCCGCAUCGCGAAUGGAAGGAUGAAGUGUCAUUCCUUGACGCCAUAUUUCCAAAUGGAGCGGCUUACACUGUAGGCAAAGUCAAUGGGGACCAUUGGCUGCUUUACUUAACGACUCCUGGACAAUAUGGCGCAAAUGGGGAAACCGCACCAAGUUCUCCCAAUUCCUUUUCGUUGUCACCUCUUCAGUCCGAGAAUGGGGAGGAGAAUGAGACAAACCAGACCCUGCAAAAUGUUGAAACCGACACACCAUUUACACAGGACUACACAAUUGAGAUCCUCAUGAGCAACCUUUCUCACAAGGCUCGCGAGCCCUUCUUCUCGGCUCCUUCAGUACAAGAUGCACCAUCGGAGUCUCCGUCGAUCAUUGGGAGGACUCUGUCCUCUGCCAUCGGGAUUUCAGAUCUUUUCCCGCCUGAUCUUACUACAUUGGAUGCUUAUGCGUUCACCCCUUGUGGUUACUCCUCGAACGCGCUCCUGAAAUGGGGUGAGGGAAUUGAGGAUGGCCACGGCGGGGAGGGCUACUACACAAUUCAUGUGACCCCUGAAGAAGGCUGGUCUUACGCCAGCUUCGAGUGCAACGUGCCACUGUCCACUUCUCCGUCUUCUUCGGCCAAAGAUAUCCCCGAUUUACAUACGCUGAUCAGACGCGUCGUCGACAUCUUUCAGCCAGGCAGACUCAGCCUGACCCUUUUCAUAUCCAAUGUCGACAACAACAAUGCCGAGGAGGACGAGGGUGAAACUGCCGUUGAAGCUGCUCAGCGGACUUUCAAGUCUGCUCUGACAGCUCAGCGCCCUGUGUCAUGUACUUCUGGUGAUUCUAGUGAUUCGGUAACGGGUCACGGGGGUGGAAAAAAUGAUCGCUUGUUGUACAAGAGAACCGACAAGAUCAAUUAUCAGUUUGGUGGUUACAAUCUUGCGUUUGCGAGUUUCGAGUCUCGAUGAAGAUGUCAUUUUGGUGGUGUUAGGUCGUACGCUGAAGUUGUCUUUCUUAUCUAGAUGCGCUCGUACUUUCCUGUCAAUCUACUUUUUGCUACCUUCUACGUUUCCGCUAUACGACCCAAAUUUCGGAUUACCAUUCGUCCACCUUAUACACAUGAUGGUGUUGAUCAUCAUCACCUGGAUUGUUAUGAACUGUCAGCUGCGCG